AUGGAUUCCAUGCUUUGCGGGCAAUUGGAGACGGAUGCUGUCGCGUUCAGUGCGCUGGUGAGUGCUUGUGGUCAGGGCAGUGCUUGGGCACGGGCGCUGUGCAUUUUUGCCACGGCAGCUUUGGGUACCAUCGCGUGCAACUCCGCGAUUUCUGGCUGUGAGCGUGCCGGGCGGUGGCAACCUGCCCUUCAAACUCUGCAAAGCGGCUUUCACAGGAGACUCCCACCCACGAUUAUUGGAUUCAAUGCCGCGAUAAGCGCGUCGGAGGAGGAUCGGCAGUGGCAAAGAUCCUGCUCCCUCUUCACCUCGCUUCUUGAGGUUCCGCUGGUGCCCAGCAUCGUCAGUUUCGGUGCGGCUGCCUCUUCGCUUGCCGCCGCGCGUAGGUGGAGGAGAUCGCUUCAUGUUGUCGACCAGUUGAAGCACUGGGAGGUGCCUGCCAAUGCCGUAGUCUUCAAUGCCGUACUGAGUGCCCUGACAGCGGCCCGGAGGCCGGAGCUUGCAAGAAGUCUCCUGGGCGUCAUGCACGAAAGGAGUAUCGCGCCAACUGUGAUCAGCUACAACAGCGCAAUAGCCGCAUGCGAGUCUGUGGGAGCGUGGGAAGAGGCCUGGCAUUUGCUGAUGGAGAUGAAGAACAGCCGACUCCUUCCAGAUUUGAUCAGUUUCAACAGUGCCAUCAGCUGCUGCCAGCUGAGCGGCAGCUGGCAAAUGGCCUCUCAUUUCUUGCUCUCCUUGCGAAAAGCGGAGCUUGCCCCAGACCUUGUGAGCUUCGGCGCAUUGAUUGGGGCUUGUGCUGGCGUCGGACAGUGGCAGCAGGCUUUGGCAUUUGUCUCUUCGAUGAAUGUGUACCACUUGGUACCGAAUCUGUUGACGGUCAACUCCGUGGCAUCGGCAUUUGAGAAAGGCUGCCAGUGGCAGCGUGUGCUGCGGCUGUUGAUGUAUGACCCCGACCUCAUUACCUACAAUUGCGCGCUCCUCGCAUGCCAAAGAGCUGGCCAAUGGCGGGCAGCUGCGCAACUGCUGGCGACGAUGGAAGAGGCCCGUGUGCAGGCAGAUCUGGUCAGUUUCAACACCGCCGGUGUCCUGUGUGAGCGACACGGUUGCUGGGAAUGGCUCGAGGUGUGCCUGGGUCGACUUGCAGACAUGCUGCAGCAGGAGUUGGUAAAGGAAACGGUUGGACCUCCUCACAGGGCUGCACGCCGUCGUCGAAAACAAGAACGGCUGGAUAGUCUGGCUCUGGCCCCGCAGUUCAGCUUCUUCGGGAUGAUGGCCAAGCAAGUCGCUCUGGAGCAUCCCAGCUUCGGCGUGUUCUUGGCAGACACGGACGCGGAGGUCAGCGAGAUCUCCUUUGGCGGAUCUUCGGAGGACAAAGUGGCCUCUCCCAUGACUUGGGCGCCAGUGGCCUUGCCGGACCUCGGCUAUUGGCAGGUGGAGAUCAAGGCAAUCCGCAUCGGUGACAGGACUCUAGACUACUGUGCUGAUGGCCAGUGCCGAGCGGUUGUGGACACCGGCACCUCGCUUCUUGCAGUUCCAGAAGACUUUGCAGAUGGUCUGCAGGAGGCCCUUGAGCAACGGCUAGAGGAUCCGGAUCAAGGUCCCGACGGAGGAGGCUUCGUGAAGGAUGCCUUUCCGGAGCUGUUUGUGGAGGGCCAGGUUGUUUCAGCAGAGCAGAGUUUCCAUAGAAGACUUGCUGAGUACGAGAUGAAUAUCGAGCAGCAGAAGCUUUUUCGCGAGGACUUGAGAGACCUUGUGGAGCUGACCGUUGGACGAAUGGAUGUUUACCAUCUGGUUGGCGCAUUGCUGCUGGAGCUGCAGCCUGAGCAGUUUUGCAUCCACUUUUAUUGCGAGAACCGGAUGAUCGAGGAAGCCGGGGAGAGUCAGUCCAAAGCCUUCCUGGUGGUGUUUUUUCUUCUCUCCAACCUCAGACAGGCUCUCGGAGAGUUUCGAAGCGACGGCCCUUUCGGAGCUUUCGCCCCGACCGAGCCGCCCAGCUCUGCUGAGGUGGCUUUCCAUGCACGCUUCUGUGGCAUCUCACUCGAUCGGCCGCGCGAAGCCGUGACACGUGUACGUGUGCGCUUGCUGACCAGCUUUGCGCGUCUCUCCAUCCCCACGCGCAAAGAGUUGGAGGAGGUGGCAAAGGUCCCCUUGGUGCCAAUGCCCGGACCCUGCGUGCUGCAAGUAUCUGCAAGUCGCUCGCAACGUCGUGGUGCCUCCGCCGUCCUCCGCAUACUCCGAGCUGCAACGCGCUGCAACGCCCUCCGUCCAGACGGGAAGCUUCGAGUCGUCCUCGCUGGCCCAGGGUGGAGCGGUUCCGCCAGCUUGGGAAGCGACUGGGAGUGGCGCAGGCACGCGUUAGCGAAGAGGUGCCUUGCGCAGUUUCUUCUUUUGAAGGGCCGAGCCGGCGAGGGGUCGGCUGGCGAUGGCGACGGCUCCGAGACUCGGGAGGCAUACAACAUCACUCUAGGCUCCUCCGUUGCUCUGUCUAUGCGCAGCGGCCAGGGGAGAGAGGGAGCGACACAGAGGGAGGGCAAGACGAAAUUUGUGCUGGGGCCGAGUCGAGCCGCAGCGAGACUUUGCGAAACGCUGGACGAGGAAGAGCUUUGGACAGAUGGUCACACUUUCGCUGGUGAGCUCCGGAGGCAGCAGUGGCGGCUGUUCGGCAGGGCUGCCGCUGGAUUGGGGGCCGUGGCGAGUGAUCUGGCCAUCCAGGAGGGGGCCAAGGCGUUGUCCGACAGGGAAUUUCACUUUCGUCGAUUCCUCAAGGAGCAGCGUCGAUGGCUCUUUUACGAUGCAUAUGCGCGGAUCUGCAUGGCUUUGGGUAUGAACCAGUUGCUCUGCGCACUGUCAUACUACAUCCUCGGAGCAAUCGCCGAGGAGGCCGAGAAAGUGACAGGUCGUGUGCAGAGUUGGGGCGGGGUCAUAAUGGUGUCGGCGUCCUGGUUCGAUGUGCUGGCACUGCUGGUUUGCAUGUCCUUCCCGCCCAUGUACAUGGGUGUACUGAUCCACUUUGUUGACCCGGCGUCCGUGUCGCCCUU